AUGUCCAGUCUUUACAGACAUCGGAGAUUUCAUACAGGGGAGAAGCCGUAUUCUUGUUCUGAGUGCGGGAAAUGUUUUUCAAGGAAUUCCAGUCUUUACAAACAUCAGAGAUCUCACAUGGGGGAGAAGCCACUUUCCUGUUCUCAGUGUGGGAAAUGUUUUUCACAAAAGUCGGAUCUUUACACACAUCAGAGAUCUCACAUGGGGGAAAAGCUGUAUGCCUGUCCUGUGUGCGGGAAAUGUUUCAUAUAUAAAUCAGCACUUGUUACACAUCAGAGAUCUCACACGGGGGAGAAGCCGUAUUCCUGUCCUGAGUGCGGGAAAUAUUUUUUUCAAGGAGCUUCAAUCUUUCCAGGCAUCAGAGAUCUCACACGGAGGAAAAGCCACGUUCCUGUCCUGAGUGAGGGAAAUGUCCCUCACUGA